CACGUUGUACAAGCCCAGGAUUAAAACUUCUCUUAAAAACCCUCCGGGGUUGAAAAACCCUAAUUUUAACGAAAAAACCCCAACACAAGAAUUGACAGCAAGGAGUGGGAAAUGGGGAAGAAGGAGAAGAGAAAAAUGGAGCAGAACGACGUGUCCGCCGCAAACGGCGGUUCUGAAUAUCAGGAAAAGCAUCGGAAAAAGAAGAGGAAAAACAGAGAGAAAGUGGAAGAACCGCAGAACGAAGCCGUAUUAGCGACUGAUAUACCCACUGUCACCAUUGCUGUUCCUGGGUCCAUUAUUGAUAAUGCCCAGUCCCUUGAACUCGCAACCCGCUUGGCUGGUCAGCUUGCUCGUGCUGCGACAAUUUUUCGAAUUGAUGAGUUAAGCAUUGUGGAUUUUUGUGCAUCAUUAGAUAAAUGCAGAUCGCCACAAUGCAGAAAUAAAGAUGCAGGUGAGAAUGAGAGUGGUGCUCCUUUUCUUAUCAGAAUCUUGAAGUAUCUUGAGACACCACAAUAUCUCAGGAAGAGUCUUUUCCCGAAACACAACAGUUUAAGAUUUGUGGGUCUGUUGCCCCCACUAGACGCUCCACAUCAUUUGCGCAAGCAUGAAUGGGCCUCAUAUAGGGAAGGUAUCACCCGGGAAAAACUAGACCGAGGUUCUGGUGGUACACUUGUUGAUGUCGGGCUUAGCAAGAAUGUCAUGAUUGAUGAAGUUCUUGAACCUGGAAUCAGAGUUACAGUAGAGAUGGGAACAAACCGUAAUCUAGAUGCAGGUCCACCAAGGAAAGUCGUCCCUUCUUCGAGGCCGAGAGAAGAGGGAAUGUACUGGGGUUAUAAAGUGAGAUAUGCUUCGAACAUUAGUUCUGUGUUCAAGAACUGCCCCUAUCAGGGAGGCUAUGAUCAUCGUAUUGGUACCUCUGAACAUGGGUCAGUUUUUAAUUCUUCAGAGCUUACUCUACCGUCGUUCAGGCACCUUUUAAUUGCUUUCGGUGGACUUGCGGGGUUGGAGGAAUGUGUUGAAGAGGACGAAAACUUGAAGGGCAAAAAUGUGCGCGACAUAUUUGACUCGUACCUGAACACUUGUCCUCAUCAAGGAAGCAGAACUAUUCGCACAGAGGAAGCAAUGUUUAUAUCGCUCCAGUAUUUUCAAGAGCCAAUCAGUCGUGUUUCACAGAAAUAUGAAUAUUCAAAUCGAUAGUUUGAACUUGGCAGAGGUUGCAAGAAGAACAUCCUAGAAUAGGUAUUCUCGUUCAUUUUGUUACAUUAACUUGUCAUCGGCAUUUGUCUAUGCAUUCUAAAUUACUGCUGUGUUUUAUAACAGUUAUAGAAUGUUUAAACAGUGCACUGUUAUUGUUGCUUAGAAAUAUCAAUCGACAGGGUUCUCUUUCA